UCAAAAGAGAAUAAAUUACAUUGUUUUUUGUAGAGCAUGCUAUUCAUCCUGCAAAUAUAGUUCAGAUGGAAGUGAAACCGCAUGCUUUUCAUGCCUUGGCCACUUGAUAAACCCCUUCAUCUUUUUCAUUUCUUUCGAACAUUUCUUAAGAAGGUUUUGAACAUGGUGAAGCCCCCUUGCUACGAAAGAAUGAACGUGAGAAAGGGUAACUGGAACAAAGACGAAGAUGUCAAAAUGAUUGCUUAUGCACCGAAGCAGAGAACUAACUGGACUGAUGCCUCCAAGAAAACAGUGACAGGGCCUAGAAAAUGUGGGAAGAGUUGCAAGCACAAGUGUUCUAACCACUUGAGGCCUGAUAAAAAGCAUGAGAAUUUCACACCACAGGAAGAAGAGCUGAUUAUUAACCUCCAUGCAGCAAUUGGUAGCAGGUGGUCGAUAAUUGCUCAACAACUUCCUGGGAGAACAGACAAUGAUGUGAAAAAUUACUGGAACACUAAGCUAAAGAAGAAGCUAUCUGAGAUGGGAAUUGAUCAUGUUACCCACAAGCCAUUCUCCCAGAUCAUUUCUGAUUAUAGCAGCAUUGGUGCUUUUCCAAACCCGAAUGCCCGUGUUAGCUAUCUCAACAGAGAUUUCACUAACCCCUCAUUCAUCCAAAAGCAGGAACCAUAUUCAGCAGCUCAAUUCUCCAACUACACCUCAACAAAAAGCCCCGAAAGCUUCUUGACCAACAGCAUUGGCAACUACGCAAAUGACACUCAGCCUUUAGAUCUCCUGACUCAAUUACAAUCCAUUACAUUGGUGAAACAGCCUCCCAAUUGCCUCACAAACCAGAUCAUGCAACCAGAAAUUUGCAAUGAAUACGCGUCUUCAUCUUCAUCUUCUUCACCUCCGGAGAUUUUAAAUGAAGGAUGGGUGCCCUCCAGCUUUGGUUGGCGCGACUUUCUACUUGAAGACGCGAUUCCCCCACAAACUCCAGUAAAAGAAAAUUUAGAAGAAGUUCCAGCACAAGGGCUUUUAAGGCAAGUGGAAAAUGACAUGAAACAGACUGAUACAGAGCAACUGAAUGAAUACGAUAAUGAUGAUGACAUGCUUAACAGUUUUAAAUCUCCAGCUCCAUCUUCAUCAGCAAAUAAUAGUUCAUUUGUGGAAGCAAUGCUGGAUGAAGAACAUGACAUGUUCUUGGAGUUUCCUAGCCUUCUAGAAGAACCAUUCUACUACUAAUUAAGCUUGAGAUGACUAAUAUUAUACCUCAACAAUGAUUAAGAAUAAGGUAUACUGAAGUUGAUCACAUGUGUAACUUAAACUAAGGAUCAUAUAGA